UUCUGGCUGUCAGAAGAGUUUUUACAAUUAUUAUUUUUUUAAUCUUCACUUAGAAUUUCCAUUAUGGAGCAAAAGGAAAACGAUGUGAAGAGAGGGGUUGAGACCUUAGACAGGAAUUCCAUCAUUGCAAGAAACCUUUGGGGAGGCUUAGAAGAAGCGGUGACCAUACCCCCACGUGAGGAGGGGGCUUUGCUUCCGGGGACAGAAGCACCUAUUGAGUUAGGAAGAGGAGGGGCAACAGGAGAAAAGGCAGUUACACCACCGGGAGAAAAGGAAUCCGUACUCUCAAAAGAAGCAAACGAAGUCACGAGAAAAGACCAGAUAACACAAACACAAAGCCAACUGGAGCUAUCAGUGGAAGAGCUGUUUCAGCAGGUCCGAGAAAGAGAAAUAAAAUUAUUAUUGAGAGCUGGGUUUCCAGACGCCAAUAGCAAUGAACAAAGCCAAAGCUAUGCCGCAGAAAAACAGACAGCUGUCUAUGGCAAAGAAAAUUCCAGGCUGGUAAAAGAUGAAGAUAGUGCCGAGUCACGCACAAGGCGCAGAUCGCUUUGCUUUCCUUGCUGUAACAGAAACAGAGCUGAAAAUGAUGAGCAAGAAGAAAAGAUCCCCUGUGGACUUGCAGAAAAUAAGACAAUUGACAAUGAAGUGUGCCCUUCAAGCUUUGAAAUGAAUCAGGAGGACAGUAUAGAGUCAUUUACCGGUCCUAUGUACCUGUGUUGCUUCCCCUGUCUCUACAGAAACCGAGCACAAAGAAUUAAAGAAAAAGCCGAAGAAAGGCCUGGAUUAUUCACUCGAAUCAGAAAAUUCUUUUCAAGGACCAAUCAAAGGAGAAGGCAGUGAUCUGAAAUUGCAUGAAACGAACAUUAAAUAUUAUUUAUGAUGAAGAUAUGAAUUUUCGGCACUUAAUCAUGAUGCCAUUUCCAAUAUGAUUAAAAGAUUUGAUGAUAAUCUAGAUCAUGACGAUUGCGUCCUUAUGUCUAGAUUGAUUUGAAAACACUGGGAAUUAAUAUAUUCUUUUCAAAACCAAUUAAGAUCUGCCAUAUUAUACACACUCAAUGUUUAAUUUUGUCAAAAUAAUAAACAUCGCUAUACGUAUAUCACCAUAUAUGAGUAUAAUGAA